AUGCUCUUGGGUCCCACCGACGAAACUCCUGCCAGCACAAAGACGUGCAUCCGGCGCUGGCCGGUAUCCAGCGUCGCCCCGGUCAAGGUUGGCCAGCAGACCCAGCACCGCGGGUACCUGAGCGACGAACUGGCAGCUAGGCUUUCCGACAACUUUUGCACGGAGCUUGAGCUGGCUAUUUCCAUUUCGUCUCUUGGUCUCGAGGCUGCCAGUCUUACCAUUAACAUCAUCGCAUCCGGGAAGGCGGCAAAAGGCGCAUACACAGAGGACUCGCUGCACUCGGCGGCCGCCUUCUUCAAGGAGUGCUUGCUCAACUGUGCGAUCCCUCUGUUCGACCUCCCGCCAUCGAACUCCCUGGUUGUACUGGUUUCUGAGAAGGGAAAGCCGCUGAAGAACCACCUUCAUGCUUUCUUUGGUCUCAUUCUGGCGACGCACGACCCGCAGGACGUAAUUUCGCUCGUCUUUGCCUCCAUCACCGCCAUGUUCACGACCAGCGAGUUGGCAGGGACUAGCUUCGAUAAGAACCUGCUUGAGUCUAUCCGUCGCUCGGCCCAGAUGCUGCUGCGGCACAUUUUUGAAAAGCACAUCGAGCAGCGGUCGUGGAUCCUGGAGGAGAUCCUUGGGUCGCUUAUCCGGCUGCCAGCCCAGAAGCGGUCCCAGGGUAGCUACCGUAUUGCCAGCGGCAAAUCUGUCCAGUUUAUUAGCAUUCUGCUGUUGAAGCUCCUGCAGGGCACGGCCCAACCGCCAGAUGACCUGACUGCUGGGUUUGAGGGUGGCACGCUGCCGACCAAAGACACAGACUUUGCGAUCCGGUAUCUGAUCGGCCGCUGCAUCAGACGCGACAAUAAGCCAGCGCUCAACGAGGCAGACUACCGUAACCUGCUCGAGUCUUUCAUCGAUGACUGUGUCACGCUGCUCGGCCAUCCACAAUGGCCUGCAUCGGAGCUGGUGAUCCGCAUCUACUCCAUGCAUCUGAUCGACGUCCUUGACGAGGAGAAGUCCGACUUUGCAAUGAAGAGCCUGGCGCUGGAUGGACUAGGCCCAGAUUGCAGCUCACAUCGCGCGACGGAGGGCUGGGGACUCUGGCGCCUGUCGUUGCGAGUUCGUCAGCUGGAAGCUAUCAACACCUUCGCAUCAACAACAACACUAUUGCUCGAAUACCUGCAAUCCAAGGCGCUGAGCGAUGAGACUACUGGCGCGAUUCCCCUUUAUAUUGGUGGAUGGGCUACAACACUGAUCGCGGCCAUCAUCAAGAGCCGCCAGCGCAAACGCAGCAGCAGCGGCGACGCUGGCGGCGAGGGCAUGGAGGAAUCGCCUACCGUGUCUGACAUGACCGAUAGUGACAGCGACGGCGAUAGCGUCGGCGAUGGAGACGGCGGGAUGCAUCGCAAGGUGGUCGAGGAGUGUCUGAAGGAGUACACCAAGAUCACCCACCGGUCAACCAAGGCGAUGCCGAGCCAUGUUUCGGCAAUAUUUGCCUCUCUGCCACUGUACCGCAGCUUUGACAUGAUUGUAUCGAGGAUGGCGAUGUCGCUUGGAUCGAGUCUGGUCACAGUACGGUCGAAGGCACUGCGUGCACUGAACCAUGUUGCAUCGCAUCGGCCGUCGGACAACUCGUCGCUGGUGCGCGAGGCAGCAAUCGAUCUAAUCGGCAAGCACGUUGCGCAGAAUCCCGAGCUGACCAGCCAGUACUAUGAGUUCAUCAGCGUGCGCGCGCUCGACAAGGGCACAAGCGUGCGUAAGCGUGUGAUGCGCAUCCUGCGCGACAUCUACCUUGCAUCAGACGACCAGACGCGCCUGGUUGAUAUUGGAGUGCGGGUGCUACAGCGGACCAACGACGAGGAGCGCACAAUUCGCGAAUUUGCAAUGAAGACACUGCAGGAGCUGUGGUUCUCAUACAACGACGCAGAUGCAAUCACUGAUGACCAGGCAUCCCUAGGGUCAUCUGCCAACAUAUUCAACUCUCUGGCGCCAGGAGGUGUGAUGGAGGCGACGCGGACCCGCGAGCUGUCGGAUCUGAUGGGCACGCUUUUUGAGCAUGUUACCAAGGAUGUGUCCAAGGCCGAGGCAGAUGCGGCGAUGUUUGUGGCACGGUGCGUCAUCGACGCUCUAUUUGAGCAGCUGCUGAGAUCUGAGGAGACAGAGUCGGCCAGUGUGUUUUCGACAAGCGCGUGUCUGCGGUUCCUAUCGGCGCUCAGCGGGAUUGCACCCGAGGCGGUUGGAGCGCGUGCCGAGAUGCUCAGCGCCAACGCGCUGCACAUCUUCCAGAACUCGAGCGACCUUAUUGCGCUGCUGUCGUCGAGUCCGCAGAGUAUUCUGGUUGAAGCGGUGCCAUGCCUGUGUAUGAUAGUGGAGAAGUUGACACGCGACUACAGCAGGAUCAUCAAGCUGUUCCGGUCAUGCGUAUUGCAGCUGUAUCGCGAGAGGCGGCUGAUUGAGAGCGGGGCGGCGGCGAUGCAGUCGCCCAAGAACGCGAUGCGGUUCAUGAUCUUGGCCGGGCUCUUGUGCCGGCACUUUGAUUUCGACAAGCAUCGCACGGAGCUCGAGACGCAGUUCAAGGAGCUAGCUCUGCUGGCCAGGGGCAUGAUGAUCCCAGAGUUUAUGAGCAGUCCUGCUGCUGUUCUUUGCAGCACCGGGCUCCCAGCGACAGUGCAGCUCGCGGCGAUCCAGAUGCUGGGACAGUUGUACAUCAAGCGGCCGCAGCUAGGCCUGCAAGUGAUGCGCAACUUUCUGGAGUUCCUUCGCGACGAUGCCCAGCGGUAUGUGCAAAAGGCCAAGGAGGGCAAGGGCAAGGGCAAGAAGAAGAAAAAGGUCGAUGCCCGCGCCCUGGUCGGCAACACGGACGACAUGGGCGAGGCUGGCGUUGGUGCCUCGCUGAUGCAGACAUACCUGGAGCGGAUCAUUCGACGCUACGUCAUUUCGCUGGUGCUUGAGCAGGGGCUGGCGCAUCCGCUCAUGUGUGUGCCAGCACUGAUUGCGCUGAGCACCGACAGUGAUGCACAUAUCCGGAACAAGUCGCUGAAGCUGCACCAAGACCUGGCCGGCAAGCACGCAUCGUUUAUCCACUCACGCGACCUAGAGGGAGUGCGCAAGGCGUUUGAGUACCAGUCGCAGGUGCGCGACGGGCCGCAGUAUGUGUCUGGCUACAACGACGCUGUCGAGCCCAUGGACGCACCCGGCGCUAACGACUUUUUGACUAUGCUUGUCAAUAUCGGCGAUGUUGAUGGCAGUCACCUUGUGCGCUUUGUGGCCGAGAACAUCUCGGCGCUGGACUUUAAGUACCUGGACGAGGUGCUGCUGGUUGCGUACCAAAUCAGCUCAGUCAUUGCCGGGACCGGGCUCACGGUGUUCCAGUUGUUUGAGACCGAGGGAAGCGAGGGGGUGAACUGCGACUCGACGCAGUGGCGGGCGGCAACGGAGACCAGCGUCAGCAUUACAAUUCUGUUCAUGCUACGCGAGUUCCUCAAGGCACACUACGGAGUAACUGAGGCCCGGUGCUCUGGAUUCAACCCCAACGACACGUCGUCCAGUAUGCGUGACAAAUCCGUCGCGUGGCAUGCGCCGACAUCAUCGCAGCAGUCCUCGGCUGGCUGUGGGCGCAUCGACUGGAGCGCGUGUGCAUGUGCGACUGUGGGCUUGGAUUCGCCGGAGGCUUAUAGGGAGCAGCGCAAGCUGUUUCGGAAGAUGAUGGCCAGCUCGCUAGCUGUGAUUGACGAGCUUGCUCCGAUGGACAAAAACAACAACAGUAUCAGCAACGGCGAUCGUUCACGAAACGACAGCGUGCCGAGCGAUGUGGCCAAUGAGUCGUUCACGAGCGACGUCAGCCUCAGCGCAGAUGUUUUAGAGCAGCUGGCGAACGAGGACAUCCUGGACUGA